ACUAAAUGAAUACUAGGGCAACUUUAAAGUUUGUUCUCUGUUCGCAGAUCGCCUUACUUCUGCUGGAAAACGGAGCUGACCCAAAUGCCACCGAUAAGCUGGACUCCACCCCGCUGCACAGAGCGUCAGCCAAGGGGAACUACCGUCUCAUCCAGCUGCUCAUCAAGCAGAGCGCCUCAACCAACAUCCAGGAUUCACAGGGCAACACAGCACUCCAUCUGGCAUGUGAUGAAGAACGAGUGGAAGCGGCCAAGUUGCUGGUAGAACAUGGUGCCAGCAUUUAUAUCGAGAACAAGGAGGAGAAGACCCCCAUCCAGCUAGCCAAGGGUGGGUUGGGGAACCUUCUCCGUCGGAUCGUGGAGGGCUGAUGCUUUCACUGACCGGUCGAUCCUGGUUUGUCCUGAACCCCUACCAUCACGUUCCACUGAAGUCUGAGCUCCUCCUGGGCAGGCCUGCUGUUACUCUGUGUGAUCGGCGCCAUGUGAAAGAGGCCACGGUGUCAGAGGAAUGCUCAGACUGUUCUGGCCUCAUCACCUUCUCCCAUUGGGGCUCUGAGACCAACAUGGUGUGUUUGCUUUGAAAGAAUAAAUAUAGAAGUGGAAAAACAUCAGGUGGUUUCAAAUAUCUGGUUGGAAUAAAUUUGUUGUAAUCCAAAUAAAAA